AUGCCUUCAAGUCUCAAAUUUUCCCUCUUUUUUCAAUGCAUUUUCUGUAUCAUCUCCCUAAUAUCAACCAAAUCAAUACAUCUUUUGGAUUCCCUCACUCCCUCUGAGCUCAAACAAGUCAAAACUAUAGUAAAUCAGUCCAUUUGUUCCACUAUUUCUUGCCAUAAUGAUAAUCUGAGCUUCCAUUAUGUGGGCUUAAAUGAACCAAAUAAAGAAACUGUAGUUUCUUGGCUAUCAAAACAAAAACCCACAAAAUCUCCACCAAGACAAGCAUUUGUACUUGCUCGAAUUAAUCAGUCAAACCAUGAAAUCAUCGUAGACUUAACAGAUUCUAAAGUUAUUUCCAACAAAGUGAACGAUGGUCAUGGCUACCCAUUAUUGAAUUUAGAAGAAAAGGAUGCAGCAGUUUUACUACCAUUUAGUUAUGCACCAUUUUUUGCAUCCAUUAAGAAAAGGGGUUUAAAUUUAAAAGAAGUUGUGUGCCAAUGUUUUACUAUCGGAUGGUUUGGAGCAAACAAAACAAGAAGGGUUGUUAAAGUAAUGUGUUACUAUUUGAAUGGAACAGUGAGUCUGUAUAUGAGACCUAUUGAAGGAAUAACAGUGACUGUUGAUCUUGAUGAAAUGAAGAUUGUUGGAUACCUUGAUCGGGUGGUUGUUCCAGUUCCUAAAGCCGAGGGGACGGAUUACAGGGAAGGGAAGCCGGAGAAACCAUUAAAUUCUUCAUCUGUGAAUAGCACAAGAAUGAUGCAUGGCAGUCCAAAUUUCGACAUGGAUGGAAAUGUUAUAAGAUGGGCUAAUUGGAAAUUUCAUGUAGCAUUCGACAUGAGGGUAGGUCCAGUCAUAUCAUUAGCUUCAAUCUAUGAUCUUGAAAAGGAUGAAUAUCGCAGAGUGCUGUAUAGAGGAUACAUUUCUGAGCUAUUCGUACCAUACAUGGACUUAACAGAGGAAUGGUACUUCAAAACAUAUUUUGACGCGGGCGAUUUUGGAUUUGGUUUAAGCGCAUCAUCCCUUGUUCCAUUGAAGGACUGUCCUAAAAAUGCAGUGUUUCUUGAUGGAUACUACAGUACAAAAGACGGGACACCAGCAAAAAUUGCAAAUGCGUUGUGCAUUUUCGAAAAAAAUGCUGGAGAUGUUCUAUGGCGCCACACUGAAUUUUCGGAGAUUAGGCCGGAUGUGAGCUUAGUGGUGAGAAUGGUGUCAACAAUAGGAAACUAUGACUACAUGGUUGAUUGGGAGUUCAAACAAACUGGCUCAAUUAAAGUUAAUAUUGGAUUGACAGGAUUGCUUGCAGUGAGGGCAACAAAGUAUACACAUAAGAGCCAAAUCAAAGAGGAAGUUUAUGGCACAUUAAUAGCAGAGAACACACUUGGAGCCCAUCAUGACCAUUUCCUGAAUUUUCAUCUUGAUUUGGAUGUAGAUGGUCAUGAUAAUUCCUUUGUUGAAUCAAAAUUGCAAGCAAAAUCCACGCCAGAUAAGCGAUCGCCUAGAAAGAAUUACUGGACUGUGGUACCUAAAACAGCUAAAACCGAGUCAGAUGCAAGGAUUCAUCUUGGCUCAAAAGCAGCUCAAUACUUAGUUGUGAAUCCUAAUAAGAAAACCAAGAUUGGGAAUGAGGUAGGAUACCAGUUGCUGCCCGGAAUAGUGGCUAGUAACAUCUUACCUUACAAUGAUUACCCGGAAAAACGCUGUGGUUUCAAUAAGUACAAUGUAUGGGUGACAAGAUAUAACAAAUCUGAGAAAUGGGCUGGUGGAGUGUACACAGAUCAGAGCCGUGGCAACGACAACUUAGCUAUAUGGAGCCUCAGGAAUAGGGAGAUUGAAAACAAAGACGUUGUGGUGUGGUACACAUUAGGCUUUCAUCAUGUACCUUCUCAGGAAGAUUUCCCAAUCAUGCCUACUGCAAACGUUGGAUUUGAGAUCAAGCCAACCAAUUUCUUUGAGCACAAUCCUACACUUGGACUCAAACUUCAUGGAUAA